AUGGAUCCACAGCUGCGGGAUGUUCGGAUUGUCGACUCGACAGGCUACUCGUAUGUAUACGAGCAACAUGUCACAGUCCCGCUGAAAUCCGGUGGAGUGAUUCGUUGCAAUGUUUAUCGACCACGAGAGUCCGAGAAUGGGCAAAAAUAUCCAGUCAUCGCCACUCUUGGGCCAUAUGGAAAGGAUGUUCCUUAUAAAGUGUUUAAUCCAAACAGCUUUGCAGAAAUUGACCCAGCUCAUCAAACCGAGCAUUCUGCGUGGGAAACCCCUACGCCAGAUUAUUGGACUGGCCACGGCUAUGUCGUCGUACGAGGCGACGAACCUGGUAUCGGGCAGUCUCCAGGGCCUCUGAACGUCCUAUCCUCGUCCACGGUUCAAGCCUUCUGUGAUAUGAUAGAGUGGGCCUCUGAGCAAUCUUGGUCAAAUGGAAGGGUCGGUUUGCUGGGUGUCAGCUAUUAUGCCGCCAUGCAAUGGCCGGUUGCAGCGCGGAACCCCAAAGGAUUGGCAGCCUGCAUCCCUUGGGAAGGAUUUUCGGACAAAUACGAUGAAUCAACCCGUCACGGCGGCAUCCUUUCCAACACCUUCUUCACGGGGUGGUUUCAUCGUCAGGUCGCCCCAAACCAGUAUGGACUCCCUGGGAGGGCAGCACGGAAUUGGUGUCCCGAUUCCAUCGAGGGUGAUGUGCACGAGGAUGAUCUAGCGACCAAUCGAGUCACGGAUCCAGCUCAGUUACACCAACACAGAUACAGAGAUGACCCGCUCUUCGCGGAAACCACCUUCAACUUUGAAGAUAUCAAAGUUCCGAUACUCAGCGUGGCGAACUGGGGCGGCGUCAUGUUGCAUCUCCGGGGGAAUGUUCGAGGAUAUAUGUUGGCAGGCUCUGAGCUCAAAUACCUUCGGUUCAUUACUGGUCGCCACGACUUACCUUUCUACUAUCGCGAAGAAGUUGAAGUGCAACGAAGCUUCUUGGAUGCUUUUUUGAAAGAUCAAGACAGGGUCGGAUGGGCGACAAAGGGAGCCAUCCCACCAGUUGACUUGGUUGUGCGAAAGGGAAACGUAGGGUUCAAUGACCCAUCCGCCGAGCAGAGGUUUUUGCGAAGACAGGAGAGCGAUUGGCCGUUGGGAAGAACUAAGUACACAGCCAUGUUCCUCACUACCAACAAGGAGCUGCAAUUUACGAAGCCGGAAUAUACUCAAGCAACAAACGCAAGCUAUGCGGCAUUCAGCAAUGAGACCGAUUCGACCAUCAUCUCUUUCCAAUCACAGCCAUUUGAGGAGGAAACAGAGAUUACCGGUCAUAUUACGGCACAUCUCAACAUCUCUACUGGUCAGGAUGGCUGUGGAAACACCCCGAGCGAUAUGGAUUUGUUUUUGAGUCUCCGCCAUAUUUCGCCCGACGGAGCAGAAGUUCUUUAUACUGGAUCGAUGGGAGAAGGAGUGCCCGUAUCCAGAGGCUCUCUUCGUGUUAGCCUACGAAAGGUGAAUUCUCAACAUCCUCACCACCGCCCAUGGUUGCCACACCGAGAUUACCUUUCCACAGAUGUACUGCCAGUUCUUCCCAAUGAGGUAUAUGCCGUUGAUAUCGAAAUAUGGCCCACAAAUGUCGUGGUUGAAGUAGGUGGCCGACUUGUUCUCGACAUCAGCUCCAAGGACACUGCAGGAAGUGGAUUUUGGCUUCACACCGAUCCUCAUGACAGAUCCCCUGAAACGUUUCGCGGCACAAACCAUAUUCACUUUGGCCCUCAAUACCUCAACUACCUAACGUUGCCAGUUAUCGCUUGUGAUACGAGAAGGGACCUUUGA